AUGUGCAGGCUCCUCGUCGUCAAGGCCGAAGAGCCGAUCCAGCUCGCCCAGCUCCUCACCAAGCCCGCGCACAGCAUCAUCAACCAAGCCUCGGACUCGCGCCUGCGCCUCGACGCCGGGUCCAUCAACGCAGACGGCUUUGGCGUCGGCUGGUACCCGACCGACACCGACCCCGGCAGCCCCGGCCCUUGCGUCUUCCGAUCCAUCACGCCCGCGUGGAGCAACCUCAACCUGCAUCGACUCGCCGACAAGAUCAAGAGCGGCCUCGUGUUUGCCCACGCAUCCCUGGACCUACGGCAACCUCGUCUGGAUGCACAAAACGACCUCUCGGACGAGUUCUUUGCCGUCCCGCAGGGCAACACGGACAGCGAGUGGGCGUUUGCGUGCUUCCUCGAGCAGCUGUCCAAGCUCGUCGACCCCAAGACGGCGACGAUCCCGCACGCGACGCUGCGCCAGGCCAUGCUCGACACGGUGCAGCUCCUCACGCGCUACACCAAAGACGUUGGCGCCGACCCGUCCCUCAUGAACUUCUGCGUCUCGGACGGCACGUCGGUCGUCGCGACGCGGUACAUCACGAGCGCGACCGAGGAGGCCGCGAGCCUGUUCUUCUCGACCGGGUCGACCUUCGAGGAGUACGAGCCCGGCGCGUUCAAGAUGCACAAGGCCGACAAGCGCGAGAGGAUCGUGCUCAUUGCGAGCGAGCCGUUGACGUUUGAGCGCGCCGACUGGGUCGAGAUCCCGAGCCAGAGCUGCAUCGUCAUCACGCCUCGAAACAACCUCCUGCGGUACCCGAUCGUCAACGAGUACUUCCAGCCGACGGCGACGUCGCACCGCGCCGACGGCCGACACCUGCACGCACCACGAGCAGCUCCCACGCCCUCGCCAGCUCGCCUCGCCCCCUCAUCGCCGCCGAGAUCCUCAAGGUCGGCCGUCAUCGCAGGCCGGCCUCCCGCUCCAGGCCGCCGAGCAGCAGCGCACCCGCACCACGCACCUCCACACCGCCCGCUGUCGACCUGUGCGCGGCCUGCGACGCUCUCGCCGCCGCGACUCGGGUUCCCUCCCCCCACCUCGUCCACCUCGUCGUCCUCGCCGCUCCGGCCCUUCUCGUCAACGGCAGCAGCCCGCGCAGCCGUCGUUGACGGCAACCCGUUCCCGUUCCCGAGGUCCAAAGACGCGUCGCCGUUCGACAUCUUUCACUUUCGCCGCGACCAGGCCCUGACGGCCAAGGAGGUCAAGUCGCGCUACCUCCAGCUCGUCAAGAUCUACCACCCGGACCGCCGCGCCGCCGCCGCCUCGUCGUCGUCGUCGUCGAGCAAGAAGGGCAAGCACAAGGCGGCGCCCGACGCCGACCACGAGUUCAAGGCCAUCGUCGCCGCGUACGAGCUCCUGUCGUCGCCCUCGCGUCGCGAGACGUACCUGCGCACGGGCCUCGGCUGGGGCGCGACGGCGUCGUACCGCGGCGGCGGCGGCGGCGGCGGGUUCGGCGGCUCGAGCGGUCGCCCGUCGUCACCGUGGAGCCAGAGCACGGCCGAGUACCACUUUCGGCGCGGGAGGCCCAUGUCGCACGGGCGGUGGGCGGGCCAGUACGACCACUGGUCGUGGAGCCAGACGUGGUCGGACCCGCACAGCCCGCACUUUCGGCCCGAGGACGAGGCGGCGCGCCGCAGUGGCGGCAUGAGCUCUGGCGGCGGCGACGGCGCGACGGCGCCCGGGUGGGAGGGCCAAGGGCUGUUUGCGCGCAACGGCGUCGUCUUUCUCGUGCUCGCCGCCUUGACGCUCACCGUCACGCCCCUCACGGCGUGGAGCGUCGUGCCGAGCGCGCCAAAGGGCGUCGACCCGUUCGCGCCCGGUAGCGACGGCGUGCGCAUGAGCGAGCUUGCGGCGCAGGGAGCGCUCGAGGGCGGGUCGGCGUGGAUGCCGCGCGUGUACGACAAGCGGCACCAAGACGCCGCCGCCAACCUGCAGCGAGCCCGGCUCGAGGCGCGCGAGCGCGGCCACGAGAAGCGCGACGCCAUCAAGCGCCGGGUCCAGGAGCUUCGGCGCGUGCAGGCGUUUGACCGCGCGAGGGACGUGCAGCAGGUCGAGCAGGGCAAGAGCGGGACGGGCCACUUGGCGUUGCCGGCGCCGGCGCCGGCGGCGGGAACAGGGGCGACGACGGGCGAGUAG